AUGUGCUACGCGAAAUCGAGCGAACUGAACUGUGAAGGUGUGGGAAAGCUGCUAUCCAACGAAGCACCCGCGGAACAACCGCAGCGUGCAAGGAAUGACGACACGCUUUUCUACACCGCGAGGUUAAUCAGUUUGGUGAACUUGGGAACGAUUGGAUUCGUUUCCUCGUCUUUCCCCACCGAGAUGAUAAGCGCGAAAAGGAACCUGCUCGUGGUGCUUCCCGGGGGGAGCAGCCCCCCUUCCUCGUUGGUACGUUCGGCAAGUAGAGUGGUUGACUCACUAGGAAGUAGUCAUCAGGGUGGAAGGGGUGGCUGGAAGUUUGGCAACCUAGAGAGGCGAGGAGAGGCGUUUUUCCUCACGAGGAGACACUUCGCCAUUGGAGUAUUCGAAAGGAAAAAGCCACAUAUGAAUAUAGGAACAAUCGGUCAUGUGGAUCAUGGAAAAACUACUCUAACAGCAGCGAUAACAAAAGUUUGUGCAAAUCAAAACAGAGGUACAUUUAAGUCGUAUGAAGAAAUAGAUAAAACACCAGAAGAACAAAAAAGAGGAAUCACCAUUAAUGCUACUCAUGUAGAAUACGAAACAGAAAAAAGACAUUAUAGUCAUAUCGAUUGUCCAGGACAUUUAGAUUAUGUGAAAAAUAUGAUUACAGGUACGUCCCAAAUGGAUGGAAGCAUCCUAGUGGUGUCUGCUUAUGAUGGAUUGAUGCCACAGACGAAGGAGCAUGUAUUGUUAUCGAGACAGAUCGGAAUUGAAAAAAUGAUUGUGUACUUGAAUAAGAUCGAUAUGUGUGAGGACAAGGAGCUAGUCGAUUUGGUUGAGUUAGAAAUCAGGGAAUUGUUAUCCUUUUACAAAUACGAUGGAGAUAAUAUCCCUUUCAUUAAAGGAUCAGCUCUGAAAGCAUUAAAUGAAGACCAAUCUGAAUACGGAGUCCCUUCUAUUAUGAAGCUACUAGAUGCUUGUGACAACUAUAUUGAUGAACCAAAGAGAAAAAUGGAUCUACCAUUUCUUAUGAGCAUUGAUGACGUUUUGCAGAUUUCAGGAAAGGGGACUGUUGCCACGGGGAGAGUAGAACAAGGGACAUUAAAGCUAAAUGAUCCUGUGGAAAUCAUGGGUAUUAAGGAGAAGCCAAUUAAAACGGUUGUUACUGGCAUUGAGAUGUUCAGAAAAACGUUAGAUGCAGCUCAAGCAGGGGAUCAAAUAGGAGUUAUGUUAAAAAAUGUAAAAAAAAAUGACUUAUCCAGGGGUAUGGUAGUCACCAAAGUACCUAAUCUGAAGACAUACAAAACGUUCAAAAGUGACGUAUACGUUUUGAAGAAUGAGGAGGGAGGGAGGAAGAAUCCUUUUUCGUCAUAUUACAGACCCCAGGCUUAUAUACGAACUGCGGAUGUAAACUGUGCUGUUAUUUUGAAUGAAGAUACGCAGGUCGCCAAUCCUGGGGACAACAUCAAAUGCACGAUUGAGCUCAUGUACCCUUUGGCUUUGGCCAGCGGGCUGCGCUUUUCCCUGCGCGAGGGCGGCAGGACCGUCGCCUCGGGUAUCAUAACGAAGGUCAUCUAG